ACAUUUAAAAGCAUUUCAAAAUGAUAAGAGAAAGUUUUUCCAGAAGUAUUGAUAAAAACUGUAUUUCAGAAAGUUUUGCCUUUAAGAUUUAGAAACUUUUACGUUCUUUUUUUGUUCAAUAAAGUUAAUUUUAGAAUGCCAUAGCUAUCAAACUAAUAACGGCUAUAAUUAUGAUUGAAAUUAGUGUGUUUAAACACACUGGACUUUUUGUACUUUUUUAUGGUGCGGCCACGGGAGGGUCAAACCAAUGUAAUCGAUUAGUGUUUUGAUGGCCAGUGCGAGAAAAAAAGCACCUUCAUUAAGUAGUUGAAUAUAGAAAUAGGGAAGUGAGGAAAGGAAUGUUAAUUAAAAGAGAAAAAUGUUGGAAGUUUAGAGUUAUGUAUCUGCGAGUUGUCAAGAAUAGUUAUAGGACAUUUUUAAAUGUCAAUACGAUCUAAUUGCUUGUAAAUAAGUGUAAUUAAAAACCAAUAAAGUCGUUUUUUACUUUGUAAAUCGCGUCUGUGAGCAGCAAUGUCGGUGAUGAAGUGGCUAAAUGCCAGGGCUGUUUUUCUGAUAAAAUUUCGUACACGUUUGGUAAAUCAUGGACAAAGCGUUGGUGUAGGUCGUUGAGAAACAUGUAAAUAGUGGAAUGAUUGAAGUGAGGUAAAUAUAAGUUGUCUGUAUUUACCAUACGCAGGUGUUAAAUUAACGAACUUGUCAACUAACAGCCAUUUUGGAAGUUUGUAAUUUUUACGAAUUGUAGUUGACAUUUGCUGCCGUAAUGUGUGCGGUAAUUUUCAAAUAGUUGAAAAGUUGCUGUAUUUGUGUUCAUGUGAAUCGAGUGUUGUGUCUAUAAUGAAGUUGAAUGAAAUAGGUGUCAUUCAUGAGGAAGUAAGGAAUGUGUUACGUAAAAUGAUUUUAUAUCCUUGGGACGAUAUGUAACGACGACAAGGUGCCGUCAUGUGGUAAGUGGGUGCAGCUUUGAGAGGGCAGCAGCGGGUCGCAUGGCAAGAUGGUGUUCUUGCUAGACAGUAUGUGCCGGCUGUGCAUGUCGCAAGAGGGCAUCCUGUACCCCAUCUUCUACCAGGACGCCAGCGGCGGGCCCACGCACAAUCUCCCCAGCAAGAUCAUGACCUUCGCGGCGGUGAAGGUGUAUGAAGGAGACGGAUUGCCAACAUUAAUAUGCCAGCAAUGCAUACAUCAGGUUAACCGCUCGUACGACUUUAAAAUACAGUGUGAGAAUUCUGACGCAAUGCUACGCCAGUACGCAAGCAACAUGCAAGCGAGUUCGUUUCAGCACUUGACGGGCACGGGGGACCAGGCCUCCGGGGCGAACCCCUCGGUGCCGUCGGAGAACGGGGGCACGAACCCCACCUCCAAGGACAGCGGCACGGACUUCCUGAACGGGUCCAGCAACGGCUCGGUGAGCAGCACCAGCUUCGCCCAGGAGUCUCCGCCGGAGAGCAGCAGCGGAGACACGCCGUACGUGAUCCAGGAGCUGGUGCCCAUGAAGAUGGAGAAGGAGUCUCCGCUGGCGGGCAUCGCCACCUUCACGGCGGUGAGCCCCUCGUCGCAGGUGGCGCGCAUCCACGCGGAGGGCUACAUCCUGCAGGAGCUCAGCCCCACCAAGAUGAGCGAGGCGUGUCCCCCGUGGGUGACCAGCAGCAUGGUCCGGCGGCCCUCCUUCCCGGUGCACGUCAUCCACGGCACCAGCGACGCCUUCACGCAGUACGGCGAGGGCUGUCGGCCCGACGACACCUCGGGGGAGCUCCUCAGGCUGAAGACGGAGGCGGAGGUGAAGAAGGAGCCGGCGGGGGAGUGCGGGGAGAGUCCGGACGGCUACCACUGCCCCAUCUGCGAGCGCCAGUUCCUGGACGGCAAGGGCUUCGAGGUGCACAUCCGCUCGCACAUGGGCAACGGCAACGUGUGCCCCGUCUGCCACAAGCGCUUCGCCGGCAACAACUCGCUGCGCGUGCACGUGGGCAUCCACGCCCGCAUGAAGCCCCACCGCUGCUCCGUGUGCAACAAGUGCUUCGCCCAGAAGGGACAGCUGAAGGUGCACACGCGACUGCACACGGGCGAGCGGCCGUACCAGUGCCACAUCUGCCAGGAGGCCUUCUUCCAGAUGGUCUCCCUCUCGAACCACAUCAAGCGCAACCACACGGGGGAGACGCCCUUCAAGUGCAUGCUCUGCGGCAAGUCCUUCACGUCCAAGAGCGUGCUGACGGGCCACAUCAACAUUCACACGCGUCGGUACGAGUGCCCCGUCUGCCACGACCUGUUCACGCGCAAGAAGCACCUCACCACUCACCUCAAGAUGCAGCAUGCCAAGAGCUGAGGCUUGCCUUAUAGCCACUAUGUUCACCCGGUGGCUAUCCAGUGAGGCUCCGCCCGAGCUCGGUGCUUUUCAUUCCUCAGGUUGCAAACUGCGUUGUCCGAGUGCUCCGUGUGAGCAGAAUUGAGGUAUGUUGUAUUUCCAGUGGCUUAAUCACAGAGUAAUAACUGCAAACAUGAAGGUUUCUUAUCCUCUUGUAAUAUUCUGAUCCAUCACCAUUACUCAUUAUUCCAUCCUAUGCAUAUGUUAGUGUUACAUUUCAUUUCCAACCUUUACAUUGUAUCAGCACAUAGUCUCACGUCUUGCAGGGAGACUUACAAUAUCAGUCUCUAGUUAAGAAGUGGUAAUUAUUUUAACUAUAAUUUAACUCUUUUCCAUUAUGUUUUUUUUUAUUUUAAUUAAAGUAAAAUACAACAUGUAGGAAUGCAAGUAAUCUCAGGGUAACUACCUAACCAGGAAUACUGGUUAACUGAAAGAAUCGUGAAUUUUUUUGCUUUCGAAAAAUCCAUGAGAAAGUCUUUUCGUAAGUCACUGGGAGUUAUCUGUCUGUCUAGGAAAAAGGGAAACAGCUUAGGUGAAAAACUACAUGUUCUGCUGUCAGUUAUGUCACUGUUGACUGCUAUUGUUUAUUGACUCAACCUGCAUGGAUGUGGCAGAUAGAAUCACAGUUAACACACUGUACUAGCUGACUUCAUGCUUCUUUUUUCCUCCUUCUGGUUUUUAAUCUCGGUAGACAACUGCAGUCGCAGCACCACCUUAUAUAUGCAGUGGAAGUGAGCUGUAGCAGACUUGCUUUUGACAGUUCUCCCUAGACUAAGUUUUAAUAGUUCUGAACGUUAGACUUGGAAAAACCUGAAAAAGAAAGCCCCACCCAGGGUGAAAGGAAUGGGUAGUUGACAGUAAUACCGUAUUUACUCGCGUAAAGGCCCCACCUUAACCCAAAUUUUCGACUCCAAAAAAGGGGAGGGGGCCUAUACGCGAAUUUGGAGGAAAAAAUAGAUUUUUCUUUUUUUCAGGUAUGAAAAACUAACAUUUAAUAAAAGCAAAAUGAAAUACCGCCACAACUUAUUUAAACACCAAUUAAAUUUUGAUCGUGCGUCUAGCUAGCCAGCCAACCAGACAAAGGAGUGUUAGAAAUACCAGUACCUGCUCCACCCACUUCCCUUCCUCCUUCACUUCCCCUCUUCUUCCCCGACAACACUCCACUUCAACACAGCGGCAGCGCGCGAGUUCGGCUUUCUUUAUCUUUAUGUCGUUUGAGAUAGGACUAACUGCUUACAUCUGGCAUGCCUCACGGCGGUCCUACUGAGAGCGGACAAACUAUAAUACCAGUCUCUCUAUCACUGCCGCUUACAAAAUCACCUCCCGCCGCUCUUUGAUGCAUGCCAAGCUGCCCUGCCCUCAGAUAAACCCAGAAAAACAUGUUUUUAAAUUUUUUCUCAAAAAUAUUUACAAAUCAAGGAGGGGGGGGGGGGGGGGCGUAUACGCGGGCGGGGCCUUUACGCGAGCAAAUACGGUAUUCACUCCCUCAUUAGAAAGAAUACACAUUUUUGCAUGGACGUUAGUUCACAUUCACCUGUAUUCCUUUUCCUUAAUGUAUUCCUUACAUGUGGUUCUUGCUUGCUGGAACAUUUUCCACGCAUCGGAACGAAAAACGUGCCGUGGGAUCAAAGAAGGAGCAUUUGAGUGGCCAAGCAAGUUGUUGAAUGUUGUUGGUUUUAUAAAAUUAACAGAAUAUCGACAGUGUUCUGGUGUUGAACCCAGAAUCGCUUCAAGGCAGUGCCUACCGCCUGUGAAUGAAAAGCACCCAGUCCAGGCAAAACUUGACUUUGAGGACGUGUGCCGAUUACAAAUAUUGAACAUCUUCUUUAAGCACUUAAAGAGAAUAAUUUUGAGUGGUGUUGGUUGUGUGGCCAUGGCUUGCGCACUGCGUGUGAGCGGAAACUCUCGUUGCGUAUAACAUAUCAGGAACCGCACACGUGCUACGGAGCUGAUGUGCACGAAAUUUAAAUUUGCAUUUGGAUCAAGCAGUUGGCCAGAAGUUGGAGGAAUGCGAUAUCAUUCGACAAUAUUGUUGUGAUGUGCGAAUUUUGUAUGUUAUUCCACAUAUUUUGUAAUAUUUUUUUUGUUUUUGUAUUUUAAUUUUUUUUGUUUUAUCAAUCAGUACCUAAUUAUUUUGUGAGGUUGUUAGUAAUGUUAUAUUUUCCCCCCCCAUAGUUUAACACUAGUACAAAAUAGUUAUUUUUGCUGAAUAUAACAAUAUAAUUAAUCUCAUUGCUAUCUUGUUAAUAGUGUUGCAAAAAGUGGGAAAAAAAACUUGUGUAUUGCAGCAAAUUAAAAAAAAAAACUUGCUCCAAACUAAGUGUUAUAUACAUGUGUACUUAUUAUUUUGUAAUUCCAAGCUGUUUACCAGAUACAGAGAUUUUAGAAUUAUGUUCACAUGUACUUGUUUAAACCUCUUUAUUGUGAGGUUUGCAUUUUAUAGCAAAUUUUUGAUUGGAGAACUGGGAAAUUAUGUUGGCUUCUAUUGAUGCUCAUAAACUGUCAGUGAUAAAUAAUUUUUGUGUUGUUAUAAUUUCUUCGUAAAAACUUCUCAUACGUACUACAGGUUAGUUUUUAAAGUUACCGUUGAAAGUAUUUUAGUUUCUAGAUUGUAAUAAGUUCCUUCAAUUUUCAACAUACUGAUAAAUUCAUUACAAAAUUAGCUUGUGAUGGUUAAUAACUAUCAUUAAUAUUUAAAAAAAAACUGUUCUUGAUAAAUAUUGGUGCAUUUUUAUACAUACUUGAAGUUGUUUCAGUAAUAAUCAAAUUCUGAAUAAUAUUAAUGAUUAAUGAUUUUCAAGAAUUUCAGUGUUAAAAUUUGCUGUGUUUAUGAUGCAAAUACAGUUUACCUGCUUUUUAUAUUUCAGUGAAUUUAUUUGUAGUAUUUAGCUCAAAGAAUAUUAUAUUUACAGCAAGAAAAAUUUUUGUAAACAUUUUGACACAUGUUAUGCUGUUAUACGAAAUUUCAUACAUGCAUUUUUAGAGGAAUUAAAAGAGCUAAUUUCAAGAUUGUGUGAUAUUUCAGUGAAGGAAUUGUAUUUGCAGCAUAUUUAAAUAGUUUUAGAAUCAUUUUGUAUGAUUUAAUUAGGUAGUGAAGUGCCCGUUAAAUUAAUCAAGCAUGCAAUUUUUUUGUGGUUUUAGACUCUUUAUAAUGCACACUUACAUACUACACAUUUUUAUCAUGUGGGUGACAUGAUUUGAGAUAUUUUAUACUUAUCUGAUAAAAAUAUGAUACCUAAUACUGUUAUUACCCAUAUCAUCUAACAUAGUUUUUAUAAGAACAGAUUAAGUAUUUGUGUGUUCUUUUUUGUGUAUUCAACCGGUCAUAUUUUUUUUAUUUUAAUUAACUGUGCACAUCAGUUUUUAUGUUUGCAGGGUUGAGUUUAGCAUGAGUACCUAUCACCCUGGACAAUAGUUACCAUCUUCUUGGUAGUGAAUUCAGUUUAGCAACUACAAAUGGCAUCCCUUGUUAUUGUAAUCAAAGGGUGGAGCUCUAGAUAGCCUGGAGUCGUGCAGGAAACCCUGCCGAAGAAGCUUGCGAAAUGCCAGAAGGUCUGAGAGGCUGUUACAACUAGACGUAAGAUGGUACAUAUUGGAGUGAUAGUCUCUAUCGUAAACAACAUUCGUAGUCAGUUUGGCUCUUGGUGUCUAACAGUAAUUCUCCUUGACUGCAGUUUGUAAUAAGUUUCUUGUCUUUUUCCACUAUACUUGGCAUACAAACUAAGGGUAGCGACACAGUCUGUUUUAUAGCCUUAAGCUGGUGUUAAAAUUUUUUUGAUUAAUUUAAUUGCAGUUUCAGUUUUGCUGGAGUUUAUUGGGAUUAUUGUAUUCUUUUGGCAAAUAGAUUCUUUGAAUGCUCCUAGCAAUGUACCUAUGUAUUUGAUAAUAUUUCUGCUUUUUUUUUUAACCUAGAACAUACUGAUUUGGGUUUUCUACUUUUAAUACUUCCAAUUUUUUUUUAUUAUUCAUUCAGUUAUUUGAGCAGAGUUCUUUUCACAGUAUCAAUGGUUCCUAAAAAUUACGUACAUGUAAAUUUCCUGAGUUUUUAGAUUUGGGACUGAAAUUUGGAUUUUACUGUACUUUCUGUGAAAUAUUUACCUGUUGAAUAGUAUUCAUCAGUUUUCUACUCUCCUGAACUACAAUGCUAAAACUCGAAGAAAGAUUGCUGCAUCUCCAUUUCAAAACAAUCAACGGGUAGAUAACAGGCAUGGGUGUGCUGAAAGAAAGGGAAAUGAAAUGUUUGAAUUUAGAGUUUGAUACAUUUUUAUUAGUUACAUAAAGCUAAUUUUUUAAUGUCAUUUAUAGUGACAAGUCAGUGUGAUAAUUAGCAUGUAUGUAGUUUCAUGGUAACCUGAUGGUGAUAGCUAUUCCUUACUGGUAUUUUAAAUUAUAGAUUUUUAAAAAUAAUUUUAUUUUAUGUAGUUGAAAUAUUCAAACAUGCUUUUGAUUUUGAAAUGCAAACUUAUUCAAUAGUGAUAAUUGUUAGUUGUUAUGUGGCCAUUUGGUUUGUUUAAAUAUUUUUAUUGAUAUAAGCAAGUGAUAAGCUGUUCAUAAAUUUUUGGCGUAGUGCAUCCGGUUGAAAGCAUGUUUGCACAUUCGUAACUCUUACUGUUAUGCACAAACAGUCUAGAUAUGCUGAAUAAUACUGCUCACUUAUGUAAACAUAACAGAAUGUGAGUACAGACAAAAGGCAGUAAUCAAGUAUUUAUUUUAAUCACAUUACUUAUUGAAAAUUUCCUACUCAUUGGUUAGUGCAGCUGUGUGUGUUGUAUUUUCUUGUUUGUACCCUGUUUCAAUAAUCAUUGUGUUCAGAUGAUUGCUGUUUGCAUUUUAAAAUGAACAAGUCAUGGAUUGUAUUCUAAAAUCCAACAUGUCAUACAAAUUAUCUUUAGUGUGCUGAUACUAAAGUUUAAUGCUUUCUUGGGAAGUUUAAACUGCAUUCUUCCUUCCACUGUUAACGACUCCUGAAUAGUUCUCCAGAAUUAACAUUGAGGCACAAUCUGUAACCAAAAUAGUUAUAGAAUUUGAAGGGAGAACUCUUGCCAAUUUUAUUGAUCAAUUGGAGUAAGUUUUGUACUACAGAAUCUCAGAUUUUGACUGCUGGUAAUCAUAGUUGAUUACAAAGGAUAUACAUAGACACACACAUACAUAUAAUUGUAAUUAUGCUAGUUAUGUUCUGAUGUACUAAAAUCAUUUACACCUGGGCAAAUCAUCAAAAUAUUUUACUGGUUGCUAGUCACUUCCACUAGUGAGUCAUGUGGGGAUUUCAAGUGUUGCAGGCACACUGCUUUGGGUGGGUGCAAAUUUAUUUGGAGUGUGUUAAUUCUGUUGAUUGCAGUUUUAAUCUAAAUAUUUGCUUCACAAGUUUUGAUGAGCUAUAUUUGAUUAGUUGUUCAAAUACCAAUAAUGCUUUGUUACAUUAUUCUAAGGAGAGAUAUGUUGAAUGUGCGGUUGAAUACUUUCUAAUGUUGUUGGGGUGGUCCACAGAUCUGUGUUUUAAAUGUUGAUAAAUUUUCUGUAGUAUAGUUAAAUCAUAAAUUUUUUUACAUCACUUUAUUUUAGUAAUUCCUUGUAAAAUUUAAAAAAUAUGAUGAAGCAAGACUGUAAUGUUAGUGGUUGGAGAUCAUGUAAAUGUGUGUAUAUGCACGGGCAUUUUGGUGGAAACUCACGGGUUCUUUAUUUUUCAUAUACUUGCCUUUACAAUAGACUGGAAGACAUACAAAGAAAUAGUAAUUAAUUCUGUCCUCAGGUCCAUCCUGUACAAAUCCAGAUUUUCUUACUCUGUCCACAGAUUUUAAUUUUAAAGAUGUCAAUAGCUCUGUAUAGUUAGGUAGGUACAUAUGUAAUAGUUGUAUGACAGUGUUCCCACUAGUUCCUGAUAGUGGUUAACAUUACACAUGCCUUACUUGUGUUUAUUUUGUGAUGAGUUUGUGGUGUUGAAACCUGUAAUAACUGUUCAAUUUUUAAUUGUUAAUUGUUUGUGACAUUGUGCUGCUGCAGACUCUCUUAGUCAGAUACAUUCAAUCCACUAAACAGAAUGCAAAACUGGGUUUCACAGAAACUGAGAGAAUCCGUUUGCAGGAACCUCCGUGUGAAAAAUGCUCUGUUUUAGCUUUGUCAAAAGAUUUCUUUUCUUUUCUUAGAACUACAGAAAUGUUUUAUACCAUUGAAUGCACGAGAGCAUUUGAUUUUUCUUAUCAGUUUCCUAACAUUUUUUGUCCAGGAACUGAGUGAAGUACAUUUACUUGAAUAUAAGAUGCCUUCAAUUCUAAGACACUUUUUUUUUGACACUAAAGUUUCUCUAAAAUAAAUUAUUUACCUGCUAAUAUUAGAUGCACUUCAAUUUACGUAACACAUUUAUUUGUUAAAGGUGAAUGAUAAAAAUAUGGCUUUUAGUUUUUUUUAACUACUUUCCUAACCCAAACAGUUCUGCUCAGUAGGUUUUGUCCUGGUUGUCUUAACAUCUAGCUGCUUCAAUCUUUAGUGAGACAAGGUUGUUCUUUGCCAUAGAAAGUGCUCAUCCUUCAGAAAUAAACACAAGCCUUGCUUACAUGUUGUAUCUAUAGCAAUAAUUUCAUCUUUGUGAGACAGUUAACUAGCUAGCUGUCCCUAGUUCUUAUCACAUCCUUAUCUACCAUCUUGCUAAAUAACCUGCUCCAUUUAUACUGACACAGGAGUUGCAAGUGCAGGAAGUUAUCAAUCACCCUUGAUGGUGGCUGCAGCAAGGCACACUGAAAUGUCGGGCACAUCGUCACUUACAAGCACUUUGCCUCAGCCCAAAAGCAGUUUUUGUAUUUAAGGUUUAUUUAAAUUUUCUUUGUUCAUUAACCCUCACACACAGAAACAUCUCUGUACGUUCAAGGAUUGUGAAUCCUGAAGUCUCCUGUCCCAUGCUUUAGGAGUGUGGAAAUGCUACAUAGAAUCUGUAACAUGCAAUCGGUAAAAAAUACAUGAACAUAGCAAAUACUGCAAAAUGUUUGUGAGCAUUCCACACAUCAGGGGUCUGUUGCAUCUCAUUGGACGUAACUACUCUAGUGAUAAACGAUGAAAUGCUGGACUUGUUCAUUGCCAUUUAUGUCUCCUCAGCAUGCUACAUAAUUACCCACAGGUUUGACGUAUAUUUGAGCUACAAUUUGAUUUACUGUUUAGUGAAUUCAUCUGUACUUUGAGGUGUCUGCAAGCACAGUUUGUUCCACUUUACUUAGUUAAAUAGGUGACAAUUUUAAGAGUUUUUUUAUUUAGUUUUAAAUAAAAAUAUGAAGACCAUUAUUUUUUACAAAAUAGGUGAUAAUUGUUAAUCAUUCCAGCAGUACUGUUGCUUUGCAUUUACUGCAUAGUUUCUAAACUCGUCGGAAUCUCAGUAACUCAAACUUGAGGCAUGAUAGGCUUAUUUUGGGUUGAAAAAAUUCUCUCACUUAGCUAUUUCAGUGACUGUAAACACAUGCAAAGGUUUUUCUCACCAUGUAAAACUCAGGAUGUCAUGUUCUAGGCUGAUAAAUGAACCGAGAUGAUAUUAGGAGAUGUAUUUUUAAUGCAACACAAAUGCAUCUUAACAUACCACAGUCUUAUUUAAUUUACCACUGCAGAUAUCUGAUGGUCACGAAAGUCGGAAAGAACUGAAGGACUGGUCACGAAGGUCAAGGAAAAGUCCUGAAAUAAACAGUAGUGGAUCUGAGAGUCACGAAACUUAAGUUUCCAGCAGCUUUGAUCUAAGUUGCAUUAUUUUCUUUUGACACCUCACUUUGAUUAUAGUCACACAUAAAUAUAAAUACAUUGAGUCCCAGAAACUCUGCAUGUGAUAACCCGGCAGUCCGGAUGACUUGGCCACACCCUGGCAGGGCGAGAAUACCCCAUGCGCAGACCCCAAUGUCCCACAUUUUUUGUCUCGUGCCACCAUGUGUCUGGCACCGGCGUGCUCAGCCUGCAGCCUUUGCCAGGGUUACUCGAUUUCUUAACCGCGUUGCGUAACUCAAUGUGAGUGACUGUGCUGUUUCACAGUUUGUGGGUGAUGGCAUCUUCCAUUUAAAGAAUACAAGUGAACUUGUCUAUGGAGCAAAAGUUGCAGGCAUUAAAGAGACUGGAUAGGGGAGAAAGUGUCGUUACAGUGGCUAAAGACUUGGGAUUCUGCAAAAGUACUCUUGAAGACUGCGGACAGAAAUCGAGUCGUGGUGUGUUAAGAGAAUGCGUACAGAAAUAUUGAAAGAAAGGAAAAGUAUGAAGGAAAGUGACUUUGAAGUAAAUGAAGCACUUAACAUUUGGUUUCGCUAAAUAAGAGAGAAGGGCAUGCCAAUUAUUGGGCUAAUCUGGCAAGAGAAGGCCUUGAAAUUUUAUGAAGAAUUUAAAAACGACAACGAUCUUAAAUUUUUUUACGAGCACUGGCUGGCUUGAUCGUUGGAAGAAACGCUAUGGAGUCCGGCAGCUUAGUAUUUGUGGGGACACGGAGGGUAUGUCUCAGUUUAAGGGAAACUUUCAGAAAUGUAUCUAAGUUGAAGGUUAGACUGGAGAGCAAUUGUACAGUUGUGAUGAAACAGGUAUUAAUUUUAAACUGUUACCAGCGAAAAGUCUUGCUUUCAAGGAAGAACAGUCAGCCCAAGGUUUUAAAAGGAGCAAGGAGAUGGUAACAAUCCUAGCAUGCAGUAAUGCAACAAACAGGUGAGCACAAAUUAAAACUUGCUCUAAUAGGAAAUCAAAGAAACCAUGUGCGUUGGAGCACUUUGGUAUGGACAAACCUUCAGUUUGGUACCCAAACCAGUCACAUGCCUGUGCAAUUUUCAAAGAAUGGUUCAAAGAAAUAUUUGUUCCAGUGAUUAAGCAGUUUUUAAAAUAUAAAAACCUGCCACAGAAGGCUACUUUGAUUUGGGACAAUGCGUCUUCGCCCCCAGACAUCUAAGAGUUAAAAAAUGGGGACAUGCGAGUAAUGUUUUUACCACCCAAUGUCAGUGUUAUGCCAGCCAAUGGACCAAGGAGUUUUGGUUAGUCCCAAGAGAAGAUACAGGUGUAAGCUGUUAUCCUCCCUUCUUUCUGCAAACGAUGUUGUUGGAUGGGUGGCGGAUGCCUGGAACUCCUUGAUCGCAAGGGAAAUGAGUUAGUUGAACAUGAUGACGCAGAAAAUGUAAACUUACUCGACCUCCUGAAAAGAGUUCCUGGAUAUGCUGAAGCUGAUGAAAAUGACGUCUCAGGCGCGGUGCACACAAGAGCGAUACGAUAGACGAUGCGAUAAACGAUACGAUACGCGUCGCGACGUGAAUACGACAUGGUUCCAUGGAAUGUGUGGCAACUAUAUGGAAGCAACGUAAGUAGGUGCACACUAGCGCGAUAGCGAUACGAUAGCAAUACCGAUCGGCGUCGUAUCGUGGAGGCUACACAGCGUGCUGGUCGCGCCAGGCAACAGUAUCGCUUCGUGUUCCCUUCACGAAACAUGGCGGGUUCGCAGGAGGAUGUUGUUACGAUGAUUGCAUCUAUCAAACAUGUAGAAAACAAACCUUGUUUGUGGAACUACACCCUCAAAACGUAUUCUAGGACAGAUGCCACUAGUUUGGCAUAGAAAAACAUAGCAGAAGAAAUGAAAGACACAGGUAAAUGACCCAUUAGGGUCAAGAAAAAAAAAAAGAAAACCCUAUUACCUUGCAGCACAUCUUGCUUUCCUCCGUCCCUAUAUGAAGGGAACGACUACGUCAGGAAAUGCAACCGUACAAGUAUGGGAUCACUACGAGGAAUCAAAAUCGUCAUGCAUGGCAGAUAGACAGUGAUUUACAACAAUCAACAGAUAGUGUCAUGGAAGUAUCAUUGGGUAUGCCAGAGGGUACACAUUAAGAUGUGGAUUCUGAAAUUCUUCAACAACCCCACGUGUCAAAGAAGAGGAAAGUGGUAACCCCUACACACGACAUGGACAAAGAAUUUGUUGAAUGGCUUGCUUCGAAAAAAAGAAGAAAGAACUAGGAAACUGGAAAACGAAAGCGAACAAAAUGAUUCUGACUGGCUGUUUUUAAGGUCGUUGCUGCAUGAUUUCAAGAAACUGGAUGACAGGCGCAAAAGAAAUCUUAAAGCGAAAUAUAUUCUACAGCUUAACGAACAGUUGAAUGAUGCUGAGAGAGAAGCAUCAGGCAUGUUUUCUUCACAAUGUGAUCCGUCUGCUUACAGUACUCCACAUGAGAUACAUUGUCCUAUUCCAACCACUGUACUCUCAGCCAACAACGUUCACACAGUUUCACACACUGAUUGUUUACCCAAUAACAUCGACACAGUUUCAUUAACUGUAUUGCGUUAACAUUUGUGUGAUGCAAGUAGUGUUUUUUUUUCUUUGUUUUGACUGUAUUGUAUUCUCUUCUUUUGCUAUACAUAAUAAAUGAAUGUUUACACUAUAUACCGCAACUUACUCUAUGGCCUCUUAAUGGCUAAUAACAUAGUUUACUUACCUUAAUGUAAUAAGUAAUUUCUCAGCAGGUGAAACAGCAAGCCUGUAUUUAGUGUCUUGGCUUCGCAGUUCCUCUGAAACUAGCUGCUCCAGAAUGUGAAACGUUUCUGUGCUCAUCCUAUACAUUUCAUGAAAUUUUUUCUUUUGUUUUGUCGUAGUUCUCGGCCAACCACAGCCGAACUAUGUUUAAUAUUCAUGACAUACGGAUGUACCCAGUACUUCCUUGCCCUUUUCCAUUUACGAAUUUUUAGGUACCUGUAAGCCACUACAACAUCCUCGUCAGAAGAACUCAUCAUUACAAAUGAGGCCUUUAUCGCUUUCUGUAUUGCCUGUAGCAUUGCUCUGGUGUGUACCUGAGAGUUGACAAGAUAAAAGUUGCGUCGCGCAAAGCGAUCCCACGCUUAUCGCAUCGCCUAUCGUAUUGCUCUGGUGUGCACCGCGCCUAAGAGUAGUUCCAAGUGAUAAAACAUUGUCUGAUGCAGAAAUUAUUGCUGCUGUCACAGUUAAUGAAACAAUGAUGGAAAAUGAUGUUGAUGUUGACGUUGAGGACUCCACCAUACAAGCUCCAUGGUGAGCGACUAAAGGCUGUCGAAACCACCCUUCGGUUAUUUUGAGCAACAAGGUGCGUCUGUAAUGGACUUCCUGUUCCUUCGUCGUCUUCGCAAUGAAGCAGCAAAAUGCAGAGUGCAGUGCUGAAGACAACAGGACAUUACGCAUUUCUUUAAAAAAAAGUAGCCAGGUUUUGCAAAGACGGCUAGUUAAUGUUUAUUACAGACAGCUUUAUGCCUUCAUAAAAUAUUUUUCUGGGAUUUGUCUUAUCAUGUAAAUUACUCUACACUGUUUAUUCAUUAAUUUUCAUUUUCAUGUAGUAAAGGCUCUAUGCCUUCAUAAAGUACGUACUUUUCCUUUGUUUAUGGGUAUUUGGGCAGUUUAUUCUCUGUUGUAUUCUGAAGCAAACAAUACAUUCAAGUACAGUACUGUAUUUUCUGAGGAAACACUCGUACUUAUUCUUUUUCAACCCCAUUCCAGAAUACCCGGCAUUUUCACAAAUUCGGCCACCCUUCAGUCCACGUUAGGCGGAGUUUUCGGGACUCCACUGUAGUUGGAUGGAUACUGUCUACUGCAAUCAACUUGGCUCACCAUGUAGGUAGGCACCCUGCAGUGGGUUAGUUCUGUGUGCUCUGGUUUUUGAACCUAAAGCCAUGACCCAAAUUAGAGAGUUUAUUAGUGAGGGAUGUGGUCCAGUUUGGGGGAACUUAAUAAUGCAAUUUUUAGUUCUGUCUUCAGAAACAUCUUGUAGUGACAGUAGGUAAUGCAUAUAGCGUAAGGACAAGAUAUAAUGGUGAAUUGCCAUAGAAUAAGCCCUGUACAAAAUUUAAAUUUUCUAAUAGAAUAAUAAUAUUUUAAUUAUCAUAUUCAAUUGGAUUUCGAAUACUAACACUUCUAAAUAAUGAACAUUCAGUUUUUGAUGAUAUAAACAGAGCAUACCUCGUGAGUUUGUCAUUUUCGUGAUUCAAACACCCAGUUAAGAAUGAUUUAACAGGGCUGUAUAGUCAAAAACAUGAACAGUACUUGGCAUUUUAACAAGCAAAAAGUAUUUGGAGUUCAGUUACUAUAUCAUAAAACAGUAGCGGAAUGAAUCGUGUGACGAUUCAAAAUACUAUUUGGAGGAUUUCAUACUUGAAAACAAACUAUUAUUUCUGUUUGUUUCAUCACACUUACUUGUAGAGGGAAGAAAUAGAUAAAAGUCAGAAACCAUGGACUACAACACAAAACAUGGACCCUCUGCGAUGGUCAUUAAAUAGGCCUGUGUGAAUAUUCAAAUACGAAUACGAAAAAUAAAUUAAGCAAACAUAAAUAAUGGUUCCAAAUUUAGGAAAAAAUUAGCAGAAAAUGUGUUUGUAAUAUUGCUGAACUAAUAUACAAUUUACCUGGCUGCCAUUAAUAAUGAAAGUGUGUGCAUUACUAUGGUUUAAAUGAGUAAUUAUAAGCAAUUUUCAAUUGCAUGAUUUAAAAAAAAAAUAAACUUUUUCGUGAAAUUGAUUGAAUUUUGUGGUUCACGAAAACUUUCUGGAUCAAUAUUUAGAGUAGCUGGUUAUGAAAAAUAAGGCAAAUAAAAACUAAAAUUAAAGGUUGGAUAGGUUAGGUUAACUGUAAAAAACAUAUUUUUAUCAUAAGUUAAAUAUUCUAACAUUCGUUAUACUUAUAUAACUUUUGUAGCUGACUUAACCCACCUUUCACUUUAGUAUUAAUUAUUUACACUCCAUAUUUACCUUUUUUCCGCAAUGAAUGUGUUACAUGAUGCAAAAAAAAUUGUGCAAUUAUAUUUCUCAUGUUUACUAUUCAAAUUCAAUAUUCAUAUUUGUGAGUAAAUUGGCUCAAGAUAUUUGUGACAAAUUGUUUAAUUAAACAAAUACAGCUUGUACAACAAUUGAAAUGACAUGAUUUUGGUUUAAUUGGUGUUUGGAAACAUAUUAUCAUAAUAUUUAUGUAAGUUAGUACCAUUUUUAUAAAACAACAAAUUAAAAAAAAACCUCUUGAUUAUGAGGAUUUUUUUUUUUUUUUUUAACAAAACAGCCCAAAAUAAGCCGGAAUAUCUUGUCUCUACAAACUCAUCUUAACUUCCAGUUUACGAAUUUGUUUCCUUAAGCAGCAGAUAAAGUAGAUGUUUAUCUGACAUUAUUAUUUAACAAAAGUAACAUAUUUUAGGGAGUGGUUACUAAUAAACUUAAUUUUAUUGCAAGCCUGUGUCAUUUUCAUGCAAAGUUAUUUUUUACUCCUAACUCGAGGAAUGAGUAUUUCAGUUACUGAUGUUUUUGGAGGAUUAGAAAAAUGUAGAAUGGUAAGUUUUAUUGACAAUGUAGUGACAUUUUAAUUUUAUUCAUAGCUAUAAAUGUUCUUGGUGACUAUGUCAUGUUAAUGUUCAUGUUUAUAUUUUCAUAAACUUCUGUGACUGCUUAUAUAUUUUUAGCAAUAGUAGAUAGUUUGCAUUUUGUACUAAAUGAUUAGUUUGUAUGUUAUGUUAGCCAUUACCUGCAAUACAAACAUUAUUUUAUUAGUAACUAUUAAGCAAAAUAGUUUAUCUACCAGUUGUGCUAUUGACUUGUUCCCUAGGAAGUAAGUACAUGUUGUAAUUUCUGUCUCAGAACAGUGUAAGCUACCUCAGUUUAAGACAGGUUAAAGUUUUUAUCAGAUCCAUAGUUAAUGUACACAACAAAUACAAGGGUUUAAAACUUUACUUUUUCUCGUUUGAUUUGGAACUAAUUAAUUGGAAUUAAUUUUGGAUGAACUGAGAUCUUCAUGGUAUUAUCCGAAUGUUUCACCAUUGUCCACGCAGAAUUAUAUUUAUUGUGAAGGUUUCAUAAUGUGAAAAAUUAAAAUUGAAGCAUGUGUGACAUUUCCUGUAUUUAAAUUACUUCAUUAAAACCUAAAAAAAAAAUUAAUGUAAAAUGAGAUAUUUCUCCACUGGAGUUCUUCAUAGCAAUGUACAAUAUGAUUCAGCUACAUUACAAAGAUUUGUGAGUACCAAAAAUUGAACGUAUCUCAGAAGUGUGUCAGAAUUUAGAUGUGUUAUAGUGGUAAUUAAUUAUAGGUAGUAAGUCCUUGUAUAAUGUACAGUUUAAUUAAAUUUAGUAGUGUUGUUAAGUGUCAUCAAUGAAAACUUAGAUGUUAAUGGUUUUUUAAUUAAAUAUUUUAUAAGUUUCACUUUGCACAAAUGUCUCAUACAAAUUUGUUUUGAUAACCUAAAUUUUUUUAAAGGUUUUAGAUUGUUGUAGAGAUAUUUUGAUUUAGCUAUAUUUUUACAGUUAUAGGUAAAAUCAGACAUUAGUUAUGAUUUUGUUGUUCAAGAUGGUUCGAAUAAUGUCUCAACAUUUGUUAAAAAAAAAUAGGGUUAAAAAAAGUGUAAAAAUUUCAUCAUAUUUAUAUUAGUUAUUGCUGCAUAACUGUAUGUUUUGUGGUAGUGCCAAUUUUACUGCAAAGGAAGUAGAAGUGGAAUUUGUGGAACAGACAGGAUUGCAACAAAUAUUUUGUCGUAGGAAUUGUGUGGCACUUUAUUGCUUUUAUUGCUUUAUUGCUUUUUUUGUUGCUAUUUUUGAUUUAGCAAGUCAUCAUAAGCAUUAGCUUACACUUUUUUUGUUUUUAAAUAAUUGGAAAUAUGUUCAUCUAUGUAAUUUGCUACCCAUUAAAAGCAGACAUUUUAGCAUAUUACUCAAACAUAAUUUUUACAUGCUUUAUAUUAGCUUCACCUGUAUGUUUGUCUGUCCGUCUGUAACUCUGUCUGUCCGUCUGUAACUCUUUCGACUAAGAGUGAGUGACUCAUCACAGUAAAAUGUCCCACCCAUUUCAUUACGUUCGUUAGCCGAGCGGUCUAAGGCGCGCGACUUCUGUGACGUCAGCUUUCGGAUUCAAAGAUCGUGGGUUCUACUCCCGGCCACGCCGAAAAAAAACAUGUUUUUUUUUUUUCCCCCGGUAAAUUCUAAUAUUAUAUCCAUACAUCUAACUGCAAAUGAUUCGUAGAGACUUUACCAUUUCUUUGUGACGUUGCAACUCCAAAUAGUUAUCUCAGAUGGUAAUAGGUAGUGUCGGUAACUCAUUUCCCUAUGAUAAUUAUACAUAAAUAUAGUUUAAAAAACUAAAAAAACAUGCUUUUAAAGAAUA